AAACCCUCUCUCUCUCUCUCUCUCUCACAUAGCAUUUCCAGUUCCACUCUCUCGCGAACCCUACCCUCUUUCUCGGUGACCACAUUUGGAUUCCCAUAAUGGCGAUUGAUAGAAUUUUUAAAGAUGAAGCCAGUGAAGAAAAAGGAGAGCGGGCCAGAAUGGCAUCUUUUGUUGGAGCCAUGGCUAUUGCUGACUUGGUGAAGACUACCUUAGGGCCAAAAGGAAUGGAUAAAAUUUUGCAGUCAACAGGUAGAGGACGUGAAGUUACCGUAACUAAUGAUGGUGCUACAAUCUUGAAGUCCCUCCAUAUUGACAAUCCAGCUGCUAAAGUCCUUGUUGAUAUAUCUAAAGUUCAAGAUGAUGAAGUUGGGGAUGGAACAACCUCUGUUGUUGUAUUGGCUGGAGAACUUUUAAGGGAGGCAGAAAAGCUGGUUGCUGCUAAGAUUCAUCCGAUGACGAUAAUAUCAGGUUUCCGAAUGGCAGCUGAGUGUGCUCGUGAUGCGUUGUUACAGAAGGUCGUGGACAACAAAGCAGAUGCUGAGAAAUUCAGGUCAGACUUGAUGAACAUUGCAAUGACUACUUUGAGCUCCAAGAUUCUCUCCCAGGACAAGGAGCAUUUUGCAAAAUUAGCUGUUGAUGCUGUAAUGAGACUAAAGGGAAGCACUAAUUUAGAAUCUAUCCAGAUUAUAAAAAAACCUGGAGGGUCACUGAAGGACUCUUUUUUAGAUGAAGGAUUCAUUCUUGACAAGAAAAUCGGUAUUGGACAACCCAAACGCAUAGAGAAUGCAAAGAUACUGGUGGCAAACACUGCCAUGGACACAGACAAGGUGAAGAUAUAUGGUGCACGUGUUCGUGUUGAUUCCAUGUCUAGAGUUGCUGAGAUUGAAGGAGCUGAAAAGGAGAAAAUGAGGGAAAAGGUGCAGAAGAUAAUAGGCCAUGGUAUCAAUUGUUUUGUUAAUAGACAGUUGAUUUACAAUUUUCCAGAGGAGCUCUUUGCUGAUGCUGGAAUAUUGGCUAUUGAGCAUGCUGAUUUUGAUGGUAUUGAGCGUCUGGCUCUGGUAACUGGUGGUGAUAUUGCAUCAACCUUUGACAAUCCUGAGUCUGUUAAGCUUGGGCAUUGCGACCUUAUUGAAGAGAUUAUGAUUGGCGAGGAUAAACUGAUUCAUUUUUCUGGUGUUGCUAUGGGGCAGGCAUGUACAAUAGUACUGAGAGGCGCUAGCCACCAUGUUCUUGAUGAGGCUGAGAGGUCAUUGCAUGAUGCCUUGUGUGUGCUAUCUCAGACAGUCAAUGACAGCAGGGUGCUGCUUGGAGGUGGGUGGCCUGAGAUGGUGAUGGCAAAGGAAGUGGAUGAAUUGGCUAGGAAAACUCCUGGAAAGAAGUCGCUUGCUAUGGAGGCAUUCUCCCGGGCACUCUUGGCUAUCCCAACAAUCAUUGCUGAUAAUGCUGGUUUGGACAGUGCUGAGUUGAUUUCUCAGCUCCGUGCAGAGCACCAGAAGGAGGGAUGUACUGCUGGAAUUGAUGUUAUCUCUGGUUCUGUUGGAGACAUGGCUGAACGGGGAAUAUGUGAAGCAUUCAAAGUCAAGCAGGCUGUAUUGCUAUCUUCAACUGAGGCAGCUGAGAUGAUCCUUAGAGUUGAUGAAAUCAUUACUUGUGCUCCAAGGAGGAGAGAAGACAGAAUGUAAAAGUCUGGUGAGCGUCCAACUUUAUGUGCUUGGGAUGCCUUGCAAUUUCUGGUGUAUUCUAUCGAGUGUGUGUGAUUGGAAGAACUGGUUGUAAUGCUUAAAAUAUGUUAGGUAAAUUUUGAUUUUAUUUGGAACCCAGGCACACGCCGGUGGAUUGGGGUGGGUGGCAGUGGGAUAGGGGUUGAGAUGGUUAUUAUAUGGCGUUGGUAAAGAAAUUCUACUGAGAACCUUUUACUCCUGCCCCUGCAAUCAGUAGUUAAAUUUGUUCAAUUUAAAUUUAUGAGGAUAUUAUCUUUUACUUGAUUAUUCGAAA